AUGGGAGAAAUUACUUGGGUUGAGGAAAGUAAUACUAAUAGCCAUGGGAUUGGUUCGAGGAAAAGGAAAACGAGACCUAAAAGAUUCGAAUUUGUUGGAUGGGGUUCGAAACAACUCAUUGAGUUUCUCCAGUUCCUUGGUAAAGAUACAACAAACAAAAUCCCUCGAUUUGAGGUUAGUGAGACUAUUGGAAGGUAUAUUGCAGAGAAAGGUCUCUUAGUUGCAUCAAAUAAAAAGAAAGUUGCAUGUGACGAUAAGUUGUAUUCGCUUUUCGGGAGUAGGAAGAUACUGAGAAUUAAAGUCUAUGAUCUGCUUCAAAAGCAUUAUGAAGAGAACCAGGAUGAUUCAGAUUUCGAUUAUCUCUACGACGACGAUGAGCCGAAGAUUAUUUCUCACUCGGAAAAGAUAGCUAACCGGACGAGAAAGGUUGUUCAGAAACCUAGAGGCAUUUUUGCUGCGAUUGUUAGCGAUAAUAUCAAGCUUCUCUACUUGAGAAAGAGUUUAGUCCAGGAGCUGGUGAAGUCUCAUGACACCUUUGAGAGUAAAAUGUUGGGAAGUUUUGUUAGGAUCAAGUCUGACCCUAAUGAUUAUCUUCAGAAGAACCCUUAUCAGAUUGUUCUGGUGACAGGCGUGAAGAAGGAACAUGGGACUGAUGAUUUUCUUCUUCAGGUUACAAAUUAUGUGAAAGACGUUUCUAUCUCUAUGCUAUCUGAUGAUAAUUUCUCCCAGGAGGAAUGUGAAGAUUUGCAUCAGAGGAUAAAGAACGGUUUUCUUAAGAAGCCCACAAUUGUGGAGAUGGAAGAAAAGGUUCGAAGCUUACAUGAAGAUCAGACAAAACACUACCUGGAUAAAAGGGAGCUUCUUCAAAAUCCAGAAGAACAGUCCCGUCUAUUCCGUGAAGUUCCAGAAGUUAUUGAAGAGGAACUUGUACCAAACCCUGAGUUGUCCCCUGAGGCUUAUAAAAGCGAUGAUAAUGAACAUCAAAUGAGUGAAUCUCCAAUGUCAAGCAUCCAACAAACUCCAGAAAUUCGCAACCUCUUUGGUAGAGAAGAUCAACAAUGUAAUGGUUUUCUGAUAUCAAACCCCAGAACCACUACUUAUGGUAUGGAACUAAACGAGAGAUUGCCAACAUGGACUGCUUCUGCAGGUGAUGAAUAUCUUCAUGGAGAUGUAGAGAAGCCGGCAAGUGACAUCAUUGGAGGAGAGACGCCGCCUAAAGAGUCUAAUGUUUCUCAGCUUGAGUUAAGUACACCAGUGAUUAAUCUCAACAACGGAUCUCAAGCUCAACCAAAUCCAUCAGAGAUUAUCGAACUAAGCGAUGAUGAUGAGGACGAGAACGAUAAUGGAGUGACUCUUGACCCUAGAGUUGAAGAUGAUCAGGUUCUCUCUUAUGAUAAAGAGAAGUUAAACUGGUUCUACAAAGAUCCUGAAGGUAAUAUACAAGGACCUUUUUCUCUCACGCAACUCAAACAUUGGCACGACGCAGAUUACUUCCCCAAAGACUUCAAGGUUUGGAUGACAGGAGAAUCUGCAGUUUUACUAACCGACGUUCUUCGUCGAGUUUAA